UCAGACAUAUGGAUUUGCGCCAUGGACCAAUCCCUUUCGAGAUGGUUUGGGCAAGCUCAUGAUCUCUCAACGUGAGAGCCGUUGGGCAGAAUUCACAGACUCAAAUCCCAUUGCCGGUCAAACCGGCGUUGACGUUUCCUCAAAGACUGCCACGCUGAAACGAAGCUUCCGCGACGCCCCACGACAGAAGGAACUGCAACCUCUUGUUCCUUCUUCCAGGGAGGGACAGGUGGAGAGAAGAGAAAGCAAACAUGUCAAUGCCUGGGCAUCACCCAGAUCUUCCGGAGGGACUCCCAAUCAUGAGCCAAUGCUCAAAAGGAUUUUCCUGAACAAGUCCAGUUGAAAUUCAGAUCAUCAACGGCCAGCUCCACAAAUGACGUGAUUUGGUGCCCUCUGACACAAAUGUGGCACUGCCGGCUGGGGGCAGAGUUGGUGAUCUCUUUGAUAACGGGUGUGAUGGACGUGACACCUGACUCGCCCUGCGGGUCUGCAGAGCAGAUGAGGUCACAGGGUGACACCAAUGACCGGCAAAUCCGAGGAAACUUCACCCUGUCUUUGUCAACUCUAGGGGGGAACAUCUCAGAAGAAGAUUCGCAGCUGAGGAUGGAGAGAGAUCUUGUCUCUCAUGCAUUCAGCAGCACCUGGAUUGGACGAAGCUGUGGUCAGACCGACUUUCAUGCCAAGUGGAUAGAUGAGCAAAAGCCCUUGCAUCCCUUGCAAUCUAAACGCAAUAUCCGUGUGUUUGCCAACGCUGCCAGUCUUUGUGUCCAUCCCACCUGGCAAGAUGCGGAUCCCAGCUGUACGGAACUGGUGGAUGUAAAAUCUGAGCCCACCAAGACCUUGGGGUCAUCCCCUCCAGGCUGGCUGGUGUGCUGCCAGCUUCAGCUAAGGGACUCCCAGGGUCAGAACUUACGAUGUCCCAGCCGAGUUCCAGCAAUGGAAGCCGCUGGGCCCACUUUCGGAGGUAUAGGACCUGAUUUGAACCGCUGGAAGCUGGCGGUUCCUGGCUGUGUGACAACACUGGUGAAGAGUGAAGUGGAUAUCAAGAGAGGAGUCCUCAGCUUCAGCUUGAAGGUUUCACAGGAUGCUGGGAGAACAUCUGUGACUCUGAUAGAUCGAUGCAGCUGUGUUCAAACGAAAGGAUCCCCCUUUGCACUGGAUCUAACGCUGCCUGCCACAUGUAGUGAUUCGUCACACUUGGCCAGGGUAGAUGCAGAGAUGCCAGCCUUGCCCGGUUUGCACAAAAUAGCCGCAGCACCAAAUCCACCGAAAGUCGCUGUGAAGACCCAACUUGCCUCGGAUGCAGCACAAAUUAGAGAUGGUGAUCACGGCAGUCAAAGUCCCUCACCCGAAGAUUGCAGACGCGACAGUCCCAAGAAACGUCAAAUUCUGGCUGCUCUGCAGAAAGUUGCAGCGAGGCAGGAACCUGGCAGUCCAGGAUGUCCACCAGGUCUGGCCAUGAACAAGGCAGCUGCCAAGGUAUUGUUGGAGCCCAUGUGUUUGGAAGGGAGGCACUCUCCAAGAGCUAUGGCAGCUAUGGUUGGGGACCAGCUGAGCGGUUUGAACCAUGAGGACCCAACUGACUUGGUAUCCAACACAUCGACAGUUCAGUCUGUGUCCACCCUGCUACAGCACGUUGGAGCUUCAGGUUCAGCCAACCCAUGGCAGUCACAGACAGUGUACGAUGCCUCAUCCCCAAGAAGAUAUAUGCCUUCAGAGCCUCUGCCCAAUUACAGUGGCUGGGGCAGGAAGAAGAAGUCCAAGAGUAAGAGCCCUGCAAAGAAGCAACGCGAUUUCGCAAAGAACUACUGGUAGGAAGUCCAGUUGCAGUGCUGUGUAGCAGGUUGAAAGCAACUUCGAGAAGUGUGGGGUGAAGUAGCAGGUGUUUCCAUAAGAAUCCAUAAGACAUGUUCAAGAGAAAGAGUUAACAAUGAAUAGAGCAUUUUGCUGCUUCUUCAAACUUGUUCAGCCAUGUCCUUGACUUGAAACAUGGACAUGGCUCACUCGCGACUGCAGCAUUUUGCAGCUGCGCUUCGAGAGACAACAAUCAGCGCUCCGAUGUAGAGUAGACUUUGUUUGCAAACCGAUGAUUCCCUUGGGCUGUGUGCUCCGAACAAAAGA